AUGGCUGCAUCUGAUGUGGUGACUGAAGCUGUGAAGGUGGUUGGAGGUGAGAAGGGAGAAGCAGAGGAGGGUGCGAAGGGGGAAGCAGGGAAGGAGGGUGUGGCAGCGGCACAGCUGGACUCAGAACAGGCCGGUUCAUCUGAAAUAGAGCCUGUUGCAAACAAGAUGGCUGCAGGAGUGAAAGUGGGUGAAGCCUCGAAGUUGUUUGGAGGUGAGAGGAGAGAAGCAGAGAAGGAAGGUGCGAAACAACCUGAUCCUAUACAGGCUGGUUCACUAAAGGAGGAUUUUGCAGGUGGGAAGGUGUUUGCAGCAGUGGGAGCAGGUGGAGGUGAGAAAGCGGUUGGACCAGAGGAGGUGGUUGGGGGUGUGAAGGGAGAAGCAGGGAAGGAGGGUGCGGAACAAGAGGACACAGAGCAGGUGCAUUCACCUGAGAAUGAGCCUGCAGCGGGAACGGUGGCUGCAGUGGUGGGUGGGGCUGCCAAGGGAGAAACAGCAGGAAAGGAAGGUGCAGCACAGGCGGAAUCAGAACAGGUGCAUUCAUCUGAGAAGGAGCCUGCAGCAGCGCGAGAAGGUGCAACAGAAACGGCAGCAGGAGGUAUGGUUGGAGGCGAGAAGGGAGAAGCAGGGAAGGAGGGUGCAAAACAACUGGACUCAGAACAAACGGACUCAUCUGAAAAGGAGCUUGCAGCUGGGAAAAUGGUUGCAGCAGUGCAAGAAUGUGGAACAGAGACUACAGCAGCAGGCAGUGCGAAGGUGGUUGGAGAUGUGAAGGGAGAAGCACUAGUGGAGGGUGCGGACCGUGCGGCACAGCUGGACAUAAAACGGGAGGGUGUUUCUGAGAAGAGGACGGCGACUGGGGAGGUUGGAGGUGUGGAGGAUAAUGCACCUGAAAAAACGCCUGAAGGAGCACCUGCAGCUGGGAAGGAAGAUGCAGCUGGUAAAGAAAAGGCAUCUGGAGGGGCACCUGGAAAGGCACCUGGAAAGGCACCCGCACUCGAGGAACGACCUGAGGCUGAGACACAGUCAGUGCCUGGAAAGCAGGUGGUGGAGGAAAAAGAAGUUCAGUCUGCAAGCCCAUCUGCUCCUGAGAAAACACCUGAAGUUGACGAGAGUAAGACCCCCGAUCUCGCAUCUGCAGGGGGGAAUGGGAUUCGAUCUGAAGAACCACCUGCGUCUGUGCAACCACCUGAACCUGUGGAGCAAGCUGAGCCUGAAAAGGCACCUGAGGAGAAGGCACCUGAGGGAACGGCACCUGAGGGAAAGGCACCUGAGGCAAAAGCACCUGAGGGGAAGGCUCCUGAGGAAAAGCCACCUGAGGGAAAGACACCUGAGGAGAAGGCACGUGAGGGGAAGGCACCUGAGGGGAAGGCACCUGAGGGGAAGGCACCUGAGGGGAAGGUACCUGAAGGAAAGGCGCCUGAGGGAAAAUUACCUGAGGGGAAGGCACCUGAGGAGAAGCAGCAUUUGUGA